GUCACCGCAAACGGGAGUGUGUCGUGGGAGCUCCGCGCCACCGAGGCCGCGCAGGUGGCCGAGUGCCCCGCCGAGCUGGCGCAGGUGUUGCUGGCGUCCGUGGCGGACAAUGGCCCGGCGACUUCCCUCGCAGCUGCGAUCGCAAGGGAUUGCAAAACUUGCGAGACCUCCACAAUGUCGUUGUCUGCGUUGACGGCGGUCAUCGUGCCUGGCAACGCGCGGGACCUGGAUGGAGUGUACAAAGCUCACAGCGUAGCGAUCAUGGGCGUCAGCACUGUCUUGCGCAACGAAGGCUUCGUCAUGCGCUGUUGCUCGACGUGCAAGAAGCAGCUCGAGUUGACCGAUGCCACGGGCCACUGCGCUGCCAUGCUCUACCACGACGUGGCCAUGCAGAUUCCAGGCUUCCCUGAUCCGUCGACGGCCACAGACACUGAAAUCCAGAAGUUCCUGCAGACGCUCCGCGCCGUCCCGUACUCCAUCCGCCUGAUUUACCGCAUCAACGCGCUGCGCGAGGUGAACAAUCUCGAGACCAAGCUGCUCCUCCCCACGCUCACCUCCGACGGCGUCGUCGGCUCCUGGCGCCUGGACCCGACGCCCAUCGCCUCGAGCAACACUGCGUGCCCGUUCGCCAAGUGCACCUCCGUCGGCUUUGAUCCGGACCUCGGCUUCGCGAUUGUGGACGGUUCGACGGUCACCGCCGUGCGCCUCCUCGGCAAGUUCUUGGGCCUGCGUGUCACGCGGUUCACCACCUGCGCCCUCGAGCCCGUGGGCCAGACGGCGCCGGCGAAAUACCGCUUCACGGCUGGCGGCCUAUCCAGCGCCGUCCAGUGGCUGGUGCGCGCGGACGGCACCUUCUUCGUCACUGCCACGAAGCGCAAGAAUGACGACACCUUCGUGGUUCAGUCGCACCACAAAGUGGCCGCGCAGGACGCGGCCAUGUGGACGCAGUACAUGACCAAGACGCUCGCGGUCCCGAAGGGCCCGCCGCUGACCUUCGGCCACGCCGUGACGCCCCUGAAGCGCAAGCGCGCCCUGGACGACGCGGCCGCUGCCUCCGCGGCCGCGGACAUGGCAGUCCGCAGCCGCGGGCUUGUCGAGGCGUGA